AUGGAGAACGACGAUCAAGGAUUUCAAACAUAUCAGCCGGUUGGGAAACUACAUCUGUCACCAAACUCCGGUAAGAAGACUUAUUUACCGGAGGUAGAUGAAUCGAUUAAGCCGAGGGAUAAGAUGACCUUUGACAUAGUGAACAACGCAUUCCUCUUUUAUCAGAAGUAUGCAAUGGCUUCAGGCUUCACUGCCAGGAAGUCUUCUCAAUACACACAUAAUGGUGUUAUAAAAUCUAAAUGGUUUGUUUGCUCAAAGGAGGGGACUAAACCUUUUAAUGCGAUUGAUACAUCUAAAAAGAUUGACACCUCAAAUAAUGGGUCAAAGAGGAAAUCUGUUCGACGUGUUCCUUCUAUAAGGACUGGGUGCAAAGCACAUAGGCAUCUACUCCCCUCUAACCGAGGUAUGAACUAUAUGCAAGAGCAAGCCGUUAACGCGUUGAGUGCCUUGAACAUUGGCCCUGUGAAAGCGUUUAAUAUCAUGAGGACAUUGUAUGGUGGGUUUGACAAGGUUGGGGCAACCAAAAACGAUUAUAAAAAUUUCAAGCGAGACCUGAACAGUUAUAUAUCGGAGUUUGAUGCUGAUAUAAUGAUUAAACGGCUUUUGAGGAAGAAAGAGUACAUGCCUAACUUUUCAAUGGAGUAUAUAACAGACGAGAAUGGAGUUUUAAGGGGUUUGUUUUGGGCAGAUGAAGAUGCCAAAAGGAAUUUUUCUGUGUUUGGUGAUGUUGUUUCAUUUGAUGCCACAUAUCGUCGUAACAAGUACAACAUGAUGUUUGUUCCAUUUACCGACAUCGACAAUCACAAUCGCAAUGUUACUCUUGGUGCCGCUAUAAUAGGAAAUGAAACUGCUGAAACUUACAGUUGGUUGCUAAAUGUGUUUCGUCAAGCAUUUGGCCGUGCCCCUCCGGUGAUUGUCACCGACCAAGACCCAGCCAUGAAGAAGGCUAUCGAAGAUACAUGGCCCGAGAGUAGACACAGGCUAUGCAUGUGGCAUAUCAUGGACAAGCUUUCUGCUAAGGUUGGUGCAUCAAUCUGCAAUAAUACAUAUUUCAAAAAGAGGCUGUGUGCCAUUGUGUGGACCGAUUCAAUUAUACCAGUUAAGUUUGAAAGUGAGUGGGCUACCAUAAUGAACGAUUUUAACUUGGUUGAUCAUGAGUGGCUGCAGUCACUUUACCAAAUCAGGGAUACUUGGAUACCAGCUUAUUAUCGUGAGGAGGUCAUGUCCGGGCUUAUGCGGACCUCUUCUCGUUCCGAGAGCGAGAACCAUUUCUUUGGACAGUUCUGUAACCCGGGUUGCACACUUGUCGAAUUUCUCGGGCAUUUUGAUUCUGCUAUUGAAGCUCAGAGACACGAGCACAGGAAGAAUGACCAUGACACCAGAAAUACAAACGCUGAAAUAUGGGCUGAAGACUUUCAGUUGGAGAUACAAAACGGUAUUCACAGAUGUGCUAUCGGAAAGUGGGAAGACAUUGGUGACUUUGUCAAAUUUUUUGUGAAGGACUGGGAACAACCAUGCACUACUUUCUUCGAGGUUAUGAUGCGGGAGGCCGACAUGACUGUGUAUUGUACAUGCAAAAGAUUUGAACAGUUUGGGUUGUUGUGCUCACACAUCUUUUGUGUGCUAAGGAUGCUUGACAUUAGGGAGUUUCCACAACGCUAUAUAUUACGACGUUGGACUCGGGAGGCUGUUCCAAAUAGUGCCCCUGGUGCUAUUCUAGGUAUCAAUGAGACUGAGGAUCGUUAUAAUGAAGUUAACCGUGUUGUACGUGAGAUCACAUAUUCUACAGAGUCCGUUAUUAAUAAGCUUGUCACCAACUUUGAUGCGCUAUGCUCGUUCAGGGAUCAUGUUGUUAAUUAUUUCAAAACUGCUGAUGAGUCUGUUGUCAAUGCUCCACCUAAGAGCCGUCGUGAAAGGUUUGCAGAAAUUACUGGUAACACAAAACCAUCAGAAGCAACUGUUCGUGUUCCCAUUGGAACAAGAUUCAAAGGUAUGGGUAAGCCUAAACGGAUGAAGUCCAAACGUGAAAUUGCAGUAAGUCAGUUGGGUAAAAAGAGCCGUCAAUGUCAAAACUGUUUUAGAUACGGUCAUAACAGACGUUCUUGCAAAAACCCUACCCGGACUAAAGAACAAGCUAUGGCCGAGGAUCACGGUGAAGAAGCUGAUGAAGUCGACGAGGAGGAAGAUGAAUGGGAGGAAGUUGAAGAAGAUAUGGAUGAACAAGAUGAGGAUGCAUUAGACGAGGAGGAUGGAGAAGAGGAAUAG